UUUCUCAAAAUUUUAUACAAAAUUCUAAAUUAAUAAUGAAAUUAUUAACAGAAACUAAUACCGGCAAACUUUUGAUUAAAUGUGAAGACGAGGAAGAGGGCGAACCUCAUCCCCAUUGUGCUCAUGGUCCUACACUAUUGUUUUACUAUGAGGACAAGGGUCCGCGUGAGGGUUAUUAUGCCUGUUCGGCAUAUAGAGAUAAAAAAUUGUGUUCAUUCAAUUUGCCGGCCAAGGAGCUGACAACGAAACAUUUGAGUCGUGUGUACGAUGUGUCUACUUUGCAGUUAAGGAAUUUAAGGGAAAAGUUUCUCGAUUCCACUUAUGAAUCGCAAAAACAUUAUUGCUUAACUUGCAAUGAACCGCUAAAAGAAAGUGAUCUGCAGCCACAUGUAAAACAUGAAGUCAAAAGAAAUCUUGCCACUAGACUAUUUAAGAAUCCUACCACCUUUCUAACACCUUUGGAUAAUGACAAGGCCCAAGCUCAAUACUUUUUCGAUGACAAAGCUUUGCAGUUUUUUGAGAACUGCUUUAAUGAUUUGAAAAUAACAAAAGUUAUAUGCAUUGGAGCUCCACGUUUACAUGCCCAUCUUCAGAAUAUGUGUUCGGCAAAUAUAAAAAGUUUUCUAUUGGAUUUUGAUUAUCGUUUUUAUUACUUUUACAAUGACCAGGAGUUUGCCUGGUAUAAUAUGUGCAACAAUUACUUUUUUGACGAAUUGCAAAAGCAAGAAUUUUUCCGAUUUUUAAAAUGUAACAGUAACGAUAGAAUUCUGAUAUUUACGGAUCCACCUUUUGGCUGUCGUACCGAACCGGUAGCAGCCACUUUACUUAAACUCACCAAACUUUAUAAUCGCAUCAAUCAAUUGCCCUAUCAACCUUUACCCAUAUUCUGGAUAUUUCCCUAUUUCUCAGCCCACUACAUACAGCAACAAAUGCCCGCUUUACAAAUGUCAGAUUAUAAAAUCAAUUAUACCAAUCAUACUUCUUACACAGAUAUGGGCAAUAAAUCCCGUAAAUUAGGCUCACCGGUACGUAUUUUUACCAAUGUCCCCCUGCAGCUUUUGAAAUUACCCAUACAAGAACAAUAUAAAUACUGUUCAAAAUGUGAAAAAUAUACCGCUUUAGAGAAUCGCCACUGUGAGAAAUGUAAUUCUUGUCCGUCCAAAAAUGGUGCCACCUAUAAGCAUUGUGAUCUUUGCGGUUUAUGUGUUAAGCCUUAUUAUGUACACUGUAACAAUUGUCGCCGUUGCACUCAGCUAGAGUCUCAUAAUUGUUUGGAAUACCAACAGAAACAAAAAUGUUGGAUUUGUCGUCAAGUGGGCCAUACGGAGCACAAAUGUUCGUAUUGGGAAAAGAAAAUGAAAUGUAGUAAUAUAUUUCCGCGCUAUAGUUUGAAUGCAAAAGAAACGGAAAUUGUUUGUUUAUUGUGUAAGGUCAAAGGUCACAAUGAGCAAAUGUGCAAAAGAAGAGAUAAAUAUUUAAAAGAAUUUACGUUUAUGAGUGAAACACAGUUAAUGGAAAAGAUUUGAGGAAAGAUGAUUUUAACAAGGAAGACAUAUUUUUCUUGAAAUAUUUUAUAGUUGUAAGUUUUAAAUAAAAGUGUUGACUAUCGAUUUUUUUUACAAAA